AACCCUAAUUCUGAGAGCAGAGGAAGAAAAUGAAGUACAAUCCGAGAGUGAGCUCGUCCCGGCGGAAGAACCGGAAGGCGCACUUCACGGCGCCAUCGAGCGUCAGGCGUGUGCUGAUGAGCGCGCCUCUCUCCGGCGAUCUCCGACAGAAGUACAACGUGCGGUCGAUGCCGGUCCGAAAGGACGACGAGGUCCAGGUGGUUCGCGGCUCGUACAAGGGGCGCGAGGGCAAGAUCGUGCAGGUGUACCGGCGGAAGUGGGUGAUCCACAUCGAGAGGAUCACACGGGAGAAGGUUAAUGGCACCACGGUCAAUGUCGGGGUCAACCCGUCGAAGGUUGUCAUCACGAAGCUGAAGCUCGACAAGGACCGGAAGUCGCUGCUCGAGCGGAAGGCGAAAGGACGCGUCGCUGCAGAUAAGGACAAGGGGACCAAGUUCACUGCCGAGGAUAUCAUGCAGAAUGUGGAUUGAGCUAAGCUUUCAUAAAUAAAAUAAAAAAUCUUACAAUUGGGUUCUGGAAUUCGCGUUCUAUGGAUGCAUUUUUGAAUUUCGUUCUGGGAAUCGACUUUCUUGAGAUAGUAUGAGUGUUUUUGUUCGUAUCUUACAGGAAUACUUUUCGUAGUAUAAUUCAUAAUAUAUUUGCAUGGUUUUUUGA